GGCGUUGACUCGAGCCCAAAAACCGGUCGCGUUGAACAUGGAGCAUGUCCAUACUCUCCAGACAUCCCGCUCGAUGGCAAUGACACCACCUGAUCCAUCCCAGGCACACCUCGAAUCAACUCCUGUGGCGGCUUCUGAUCUCACAUUCGAAUUCUACACCGAGAAACAGUUCCUUACAAGUCAUCGCCUAGAAGCUUGGUGUCCUACAGCAGAUCUUCUCGCCCUCGUCAGCCUUCAGAACGACCUUGAGCUCUACAGACUUUCGUGGCAACGGCAUUGGUCCAUACCUAUCAGAGCGGAUGCAUUUGAUCCAAUUGCUAGUGCCAUAAGCAGACCUGGUCAUGGCGCAGGAGCAAUUGGUGCGUCUGCAGGAUUUUCUCAGAUGCAUCGCACAGGCGUAGGAAUACCCACAAACACAGGAGGGUCCUCAAGAGUGGAUGCACUAUCAUUAGCCUGGCGCCCUGAUGGCAAGAUGAUCGCUGUAGGCCUGAGUAAUGGGCAGGUCAACGUAUAUGACUACAGGGAUGGAUCGGUCGUUUAUGUUAUGGCGAACCCGUAUCCCUCUCGCUCAGUAUCAGAUGCUGGUUCAGGAAUGACCGGCAUGCAUUGUCUCAAGUGGGCGGACAUCUAUCUGGGACAGUCAACCUCUGUCUCCUUGUUUGAUUCACACCGAUCUCCAAAAUCGAUUCUUGAGACAUUACCGCUCCUCUCUCAGUUACCCUUGUCCAGCAUGCAGCAGCAAAUGAUGUUGGCCCGAUCUAUGUUCAACAAAAGCACAGCCCAAGGUGGAACAGGGCCAGGAGGCUUCAAAAGCGCGCCCAUACAGGAAGCGGACAUUGAUGGCAUUGCCGAAGAAAGUAGCGAUGUCAUGAACGUACUUUUCGCCGGCGACAAUCAGAGCUGCUUCAAAUUGAGGAUGUUUGGCGAAUUUGAAACGGGUUCGAUAUCACUGCUUGACCUGAUGGGCGUCUACGGAAAUAAGAACUUCAAGUUACUAGAUAUACUGAAGGCAGACAUACAGGCAGACCUCUCAGAACUCGUCAUUAUUGCUGCAGGGUCACGGCUCCAGGACCGGACGUCAUCCACUGAGGACAUUCGGAAGGGGGACAGGUGCCUCCUGCAGAUUACCGUCUCUUCUGAACUGCUGCACAGGCACUCUCUCGAGACUCGCACCUUGGGCCUCAAGCAACGACCAGUCAACUUUUUGCUGAGAUAUCUCUCGGACGGUUUUCAGGUCAUGCGAGCUGAGUACAGAAAGAUUACCCAGAUGGCUGAGGAUUGCAUUGAGAGCGUCCAGCGGGCUUUGACGGAUAAUGGGGAGAUGACAGCUCCAACGUACGAAUUCAUUCAGCUGCUGAUGACAGGACGGCCGAGCCCCAGCAUGGAUCAUUACUUGCAGCAGGAGCUCCGUCGUCAUGGGUUGAGACGAUGGGACAAGUCAGUCAAGGCUGCUUACUCAAAUAUGCAAAAGGUCGCUUUUGAGUGUCUUUUACCAGCCUGCGAACGACUCUUGAUUCAUCUGUCAGAUAUUCUUGGAUGCAGCCGAUGGACUGAUCGCUACAGGCCCUUGCAGCUAGAGGAGGGUCCGGUUUAUAACUGUAUCAAGAUCGUUGGAGAUUUUGUGGGCUUACUUGAGCGUCUAUUUAUCGUGCUCAAAAUGGAAAUGAAGCAGUUUAGCGAGUUUGAAAACUGGUUGGAGCAAGCGUUAGAGGUCCUGCAACCGACGAUUCGCGGCGUAGACGACCACGGAGAGGAUGAAGCGAAGAAGUUUCCCCCGAUCGACAUUUUGAGCGUGUCAGAGUACCUCAAGUCGGGCCUGGCCAAUAAGGAGCUCGAGAAGUUUUUCCAGGAAUUAGAUGAAAUGACUGCGCCCACCGAGGAUAUUGACAGCGCGAAUCCAGAGGCAUCGAAAUCGUAUUCGUCAAAAACGGAAACCAAUGAGAGCGUGGAUGCAGCUUUAGGAUACAAAUCGAAGCCCUCGUAUCCCAUCGUGUACUCAUUCUCGGAAAAGCUGCUUGAUAUUGUGCGUGUUCGAGAAACUGUGGAGACUGCAGUCCCGGACGCGCUUCAAGCAUCAAGUUCCAGUCAGAAGAAGUCAGGCAACCCAUUUUCUGGGGCGGCUGUUACCGCUGCAUUAGCCGGCCGUGGAUUUGGGCCUCUGACGUCUAAAAAUCCAGGAUCAUCAUCUUUGUUCGCGAAAUCCAACUCGAAGAAUGAGACCAUGCAGCCUGCUGACUCCUCUGGCGGCAGUACAACAAAGGCGCCGUUUACACUGGAAAAGCACCUCAAGCUAAUGAUGAGACAUUGCCAGUCGAUAUUCGAGGGACCUUCAGAAGCUGUGGCAAAGAGCUUCAAAAUCGUGCACACAUUGGAACUACCCUCGCCUUCCCUAUCAAAAAUAUACUCCGUCAGCACGGAUGCCGUCGACACUACUGCGGAUGCAGACGUACAUAGUGAUACCUGGGAGCACCUCAAGUUAGCAACGCGCUACUGUUAUGAUGGCGUUCGUCCGUGGCAUUAUCUUGCUUUAUACCUCGCACCAUCCAACACAGUGACCGAACCGUAUCUUUUCAUUCUCCGGGCGCGCCACAAGACACACCGUCGCCUGUCAAGGCCUGCGCAGGCAAUGUCACAAGCCGAUGUCAGGAUAAGACUGGGCCAAAAACGAAGGGCAUCUAGCGCAGAGCCAUCAACUCUUACUCUAUCCUCUAGGUUCCGGACAAAAUCUCCUCAGCGCUCUGCAAGAGAAACACCUCCGCUAGAGACCCUAACGCUUAACUCGCCGCUCCACGAGCCUGUUGCUAAAGCGGGAGGCACUGAUGUCGACGUAACAGGAAAUGGAGCAGCGGCAGCAGUGUCGCCGCAUGGACAUGGGGAUUAUGACUUUGAAGGCCUAUUGUUUUCGGUGCGAGAACAUGGUUCAGCCGAUACAGACGGGAACAAUCUGGCGGCUUCGGAUGUUGUAAUGGCACACGUUAGUAAAGGCGAGCCUUCAUCAGGACGUCCGGUCUCUUCUUGUAUGAUCCAAGAUGUUACCUUUUUGGACGACGAUACUCUGGGCGUGAUUUACAGCUCGUCCAGCAGUAGUCGUGGACAUGAUACCGCUGAUAUCCCCAUCAGUUCUGGCCCCACCUUUCAGGAACAAUUUCUGAUCUCAGUGCCAAUGUGGAGCCCGGGUCGACCUUAUCAGCCUUUGCAACCUCGGGCAAAUAGUUCUUCCUCCUCGAUAAUGGACACCAUCGGCUCGCUUCUUAUAUCAAGGCAAUCGGAAACUAUCAAUGCAGAUCAGUCACUCGCCGUUUAUACGCUUCCUGUUAGUCGGUCGAGACGAAUCAGCUCGUUUGUCAACGACCCAUCCCUUUCUUCUCACAUGGAGCCAGAGAGUCGAAGAUGCAGCGGUAGUGAUGUAGUACGCCCAGGAAGAGAUGAAAGACUGAAAGGCCCCUGCCGAAUAGCGAGCAACGAACGUGACAAGAAACGGCUGAUUAGCGUCCAUGCUCCAUCACCUCCGUCUUCAACGGCGUCCACAUCCACGUCCCCGCUGACGACUCGAGAGACAGGGAUUGACUUGACUUGGCAAGGCACAAGCAAGGUUACAGUUUUUGAGCUGUGAAUGUCCUGCUUCCUCUUAUAGCGCCACGGCAAUAAACUACAUGUCCUCAAAUGUGUACGAGCGCGAAAGCGAAUGUUCCUGCAGAUCGAAAACUGAGAGGAGGGAAUAAACGAGCUUUUGCCACCAAAAUGUUUAGC